CACCGGGGCCGCUGUGGGCGCCGCGCUCCCGCCGCUCGCUGUCGGGCCCGCGGGCCCCGCGCCGGCCUCAGGAUGCCGCUGGGGCUGAAGCCCACCUGCAGCGUGUGCCGCAGCACGUCCUCCUCCAUGUGGAAGAAGGGCGGGCAGGGCGAGAUCCUGUGCAACAACUGCACGGCCCGCUCGGCGCCGCCGCCCCCCGCCGCCUUCGCCACCACCUCGGCGGCCGCCGCCCAGCACAGCAACGGCGGCGGCAGCGGCGGCGGCGGGUCCCCUUCAGAUACUGGAAGGUGCUGCGAGGUCUCCACACGACCUUCCCCAGGCUCACCAGCCCCAAGCAAGCAGGAGAUCCACCGCCGCUCCGCGCGGCUCAGGAACACCAAGUACAAGUCUGCGCCCGCCGCGGAGAAGAAGGUUUCCACGAAGGGCAAGGGCAGGAGGCACAUCUUCAAGCUAAAAAACCCCAUCAAGGCUCCUGAGUCCGUAUCAACUAUAAUCACAGCAGAAUCAAUCUUUUAUAAGGGUGUAUACUACCAAAUUGGAGAUGUUGUUUCGGUGGUUGAUGAGCAGGAUGGAAGAACAUACUACGCUCAGAUCCGUGGGUUUAUUCAGGACCAAUACUGUGAAAAGAGUGCUGCACUAACGUGGCUCAUUCCUACCCAAGCCAGCCCCAAAGACUGCUUUGACCCAGCAUCCUAUAUCAUAGGACCAGAAGAAGAUCUCCCAAGAAAAAUGGAAUAUUUAGAAUUUGUUUGUCAUGCACCUUCCGAAUAUUUUAAAUCUCGAUCAUCUCCCUUCCCUACUGUUCCUACAAGGCCAGAGAAGGGCUAUAUAUGGACUCAUGUGGGACCUACUCCUGCAAUCUCCAUUAAAGAAACUGUAGCCAAUAAUUUAUAAUUUUUAAGGAAUACUUUGGACUAGUUAUUUUGUGUGUAUCCUACGGUUUGUAAACCCCUUACAAGAAGUUUUAAAAAUUAUAAAAUGUGCUGGUUUAUUUUACAGAUUAUGAUAUUUAUUUUUUUUAGAUAUAUCAGACCUUGGACGUGAAAGUUUUCAUUCCAGUUGAUGCAUCAUUUUGGUGCUCUGCUCUUCAGACAUUAUUGCUCAUCUUGGGACAAAACCACAAGUUUCAUGUCAUCUUUGACUUCUGAAAGAUGCCUUUAGUAUUCAUUCUUACUUUUUAAGUUAUUUUACAGAAGAGGAGUUUAAAAGAUGUAAUCAUCCAGCAUUUUAUAUGGCUGUUUAAUUUAGUUAACUGUGACUGCUGAUUUUAUUUCCUUAUUAAAUAAUUUAAGACUAGCUUCACCUAACUACUAAAAUGGUCAAUGAUGCAGUUAACAGUUUUCUGUUACAUGGAGAGGAGUGUUCUACCUGGAUUUCUCCAGACUAAAACUUCAUCCGCAAAGAGGGACUCUAACAGUCACCUUUUAUGGGAAUUUUGUUAAUCUGAAUCUGAAAUGUGGGCUAUGUAUGUAGCUUUCUGUAAACUUACUUAUAUAAGGGCAUACAUUUCCUGGAGAAUUGGAUGCAAAUUCAAAAAUUAAUAUUAUUUGCCAUCCUGGCAUUCUCAUUGCAGAAGUAUAUCUGCAUUUCCUGAGCAAGCCAACACUGACAUAUGAUUUGAGUUUCACACUGUUAAUAUUUGUUUGCCUGUUAGCUUGGACUCAUAAAAUUUAUUUUAAAUUGUUUUUUCGGUCUUCACCAUUAAUGAUGAUAAGAAAAAAAAUGGUCAGGCAAAUAAAAUUAAAAAAAAAUCAAUAAGGGAAAUAAAAAUUAUUUUAUGUAUUGACAGUCUCAGCAUAAUGAGGAAUAUGUAUAAAUAGCAGAACAGGAGAAAUGCCACAUACUAAAAUACCAGUGAAGUUUUCUGUCCUAAACUUUUUACAAGCCAGUCAGCUCCAAACACAGUGAGAUGUGCUUGUAUGGCCUGAAUUCCAAGGGCUUAGUGGUUCCUGCUGCCUGCGAAGGAUGUGAGCUGUAAGUGGCCUUAAAUUUAAAUGUACUGAUCUUUUCCGUUUUUUUUCCUUUGUAUGAACAUUAAUGACCAGCACCCAGAAGGCCCAAAUCACCUUUAAGAUACUGUGUGAAAGACGAAAAUGUUGCACUAGGCUUAUAUUCUAACUUUAUGAAAGGCUUUGAUCUAAGAUGUAACAGAUUUGAAAGUCUCAGGUAUUGACAUCUUUUAAUGCAGUGCGACCUGUGAGGACAGGAACCAGACAGACUUGUUUUGGCCUGCAGCCUCUGUUCUGCCCUCUUCAAAUACAAGGAAGAACAAUCAGCCUUAAGGGAGUAGAUGCUAAAGUUAAGGGAUACUGUCAAUAAUUCAAAAUGCUCAGAAAUUAGCAGUAGAUUGGUAAUACAAUGUUAAAUCUUAAUCUUCAGUCACUUACAAAGAUGAGAUGUGUGCCUAUGUUCAGUGUGUUGCAGAGAUUAAUCCCAAGUGCAGUGAUUAAUCUUGCUUCUCUCCAUUCUCUCCUUUCAAUUCCUCUGGGUUUCUUUCUUCUUAUUUCUUUAUUAACAAUUACAAGAAAAUAAAAAUAACAAAUCCUAUAUUUACAGUAACCAGAGUGACUUCCUUAAAUCAAAUGUUUUCCUUCCUUUCUCUGCAGUCCGCAAGGUUUUCAGUUGGGAUCACUGUAAAGUCCCUGUGCUGCCUCAGCAUAAUCCAUGGACCUGUCCUCUUCUGUGGCUGUCUUACCUUAUCUGAAUUAUCAGGGUUGGAAAAGGCCUUGAUGGUCAUUGAGCCCAAUGAAGUUUAGCUGUGUUCCUUGUCAAAUCCUUAUAGGAAUAAAGAGGGAAACAAUGCUUUACAUUGUUUUGGUUUUUUGAGUUCCUACAAGGUACACCAAACGAAAUGUACUUUUUGCCAUUUGCCUUAUUUGUCAAUAAAUUGUAAUAUAGAAGGGACAAUUCAUUUUACAUCAGAAUACACCUUUCUAAAAUUCAGUGCUGCUGGCGAUUGAAGUAUUAUACUUCCACCUGCAGUCUAAACAGACAAUUUUUUGUUUUUCAGAGAGCUAUGGAACAAGUUCCUUUGGUAAACACUAAGUAUUUUUAUUUUAGUUCAUUUUUUAUUAUACUGGGAAAUGUUAAAAAAUAAUUCAGAUGAACAAGAAUUCUGAGUGUAAAGUCUCAAAAGAGAGUGGAUCUGCAGGCAAUGACUGUUGCUAAAGUGUUAUUUGAAUGGUUGCACUGUCCUGUUUUUCUUGUGUUCAGAACAUCACCCCGUAACACACGGGAAAUGAUUGAUUCUCCAGAAAGCUUCUUAUGGAUGGACAUAGCUGAAGAGUGGGACCUCCAAGAGCAACGUCUCUGAAAAUUUUUCAUCUCUCUCCUAUUAAGAAAAUGGAGGACAAAACAAAAUGAAGACCUCCAAAAUGGACUCAACAGCAGAAGGGAUAUCAGAGGAUCUUGUGGGGGCAGGCUUUGAUGCCCUGCAGCUGAGGGAACUGAGCUCAACCAUUUCUGUCUUCUAGUUUGGUAAUUCCCCAUGCAAAAAUGUAGGUAGGUUUCAUAUUUGUGUCACUGGACUGUGGGUGGAUACACUGCUACUGAAUUUAUGGCCUUGUGUUGAGUUCCAGAGUUGUGACCAGCCAACAGUAAUUUUCAUCGAGGCAUUUUAGUUCUAAAGAUGGAACUUUUAGCCAAGAGCUAAAAGCCACAGAGCAUAUAUAAAAUACUCAUUACCACGUGGACAUGAGGCACACAUUGCAGGAAAUCUGUGGGAGGAGUAACUUAACUUUCACAUGAACUUUACUGUACCAAAACAAUACUUACUGGAGAAGGGUUUCCAUUUGGGCAAUGGCUUUGCUGGGAGCAGAAUACUUUCUGUGAAAAUGUGAUGCAAACACAAUGGAUAAAUAAGUGUGUGGCUCCUUGAGCUCCUAAAAUGAAGCUGGGGUUCCUCUCUUGCUGCUGUGCUGUGCUACGUGACAAUCACCUCAGCCAUCCUGGCAGAGGCUGGAUUAGGCCCGUACAGCUUGGUAUCCAAGCCAAUCCAAUAGCUUUGCUUUCAUGUAAUGCAGCCUUCAACUUUAACAUUAAUAUUAUACAAGAAGAAAAGCGUACAUUUAUUGUGGUUGGUGAUAUAUGAUGUGUUAUGAUUAAUAAAGGCU